AUGCAUCGAGUUCAAGCUCUAGCGACUUCUGCUUUGAGCAAAGACUCAGCGCUGCCAAGAAUGUGUCGAUUCCAGUGCGGCGGUUGGGCUGGACUAGACAGAAUGGAUGGGAGCUUGCCGUUGUUGGGUGGCUCACGGUGGUUUCGCCACAGCUCUGAUGAAGGGAGGUGUGGUGGCGCGAUUCACGUUGAGGGGGAGAAAAAUAGUGGUGUGAUGGCUUGCAGAGGGGCUAGGGCUGUCGCGCACGGCUCAGAUGCAUCGAUUCUAGUGCGGUGGUUAGGCUGGACUAGAGAGAGUGGAUGGGAGCUCGUCGUUGUGUGGGUGACUCAUGCUAUGGCUGUGGGAUUGUCGAGGGAGGCCACGGUGGCUCGCGGAGGACUAGGGCUACCACGCGCGACUCAUGCCAGUCAUGGUUGGUUACGCGGUGGCGAAUUUGGGGCUGAAAUCAACAGGAAUCGGUGA